AUGCUUUCUUCAGAGGGUGUGGGAAAAAUGAGCUACAGCAGGAUCCAUUUAUACACGUUCGUAAAUGUCAGCAAAAACAUGUUGGUGGUCACUGCUGCUCUAGUAUCAACGAUUGCCGCGGGGCUAAUUUUGCCAGUGACUACAAUACUCACCGGACGAGUGUUUGAUCUAUUGGCUGAGGCAGACAACUACAAGGACAAGGGUGUGCUGCAUCAUGAAUUGGUCAUAAGAAGUAUGUCUAUAAUGACGUUGGGUGGUGCGUCGCUUCCAAUUACGUGGACUUCGAUAUCGUCAUGGAUGUCAAUCGGUGAAAAUCAGGGAUUUUCCGUCAGAAGGCGGCUACUUGAGUUGUACAUGACAACGCCACUAGCAUGGUUUGAUAUGAAUGGGGACUUUUCGGGGAAGUUUACGCAGCUGAACCGGUGCGUUGAGGAAUUAAGGUCUGGGUCCGCUGAAACUUCUGCGGUAGCUUCAAGAGGUGUCAUAACUAUGCUUGCCUUAAUCGGAACCUCCUUUUAUUAUUCGUGGUCAUUGACUCUCAUUACAAUGUGCACAGCCCCUGUAAUCAUCGCUGUUGCAUUUUUCUUUUCCCGGUUAGUGGAAAAGAGUGUAAAGAUGGAAAACGAGCAGACCAGUCAAGCUUCUAAAUUGAUGAACUGGUCUAUGAAUGCCACUAAGCUAGUCAAGCUUUCGUGCGCUCAACUUAAAGAGGUUGCAAAGUUUAGAGAACAUAUAAGAGAGAGCAGAAAAAGCUUUCUGUAUAUUUGCGCUUAUACUGCCGCGAAUACAGCAAUUCUAAGAUUUUUGGCUCUGACAAUGUUUGUGCAGGCUUUUUGGUUUGGAUCGACGAUGGUUCGCAAAGGAAAACUGAAAAUAGGAGAUGUAGUAACUUGUUUCCAUUCAUGUAUCCUCCUUGGGGCAACCAUAAGUGGAAUUCUACAUCAACUGCUUGUUCUGCAAAAAGGUAAUGUUGCUGUAAAACAGAUUUCGGACGCUCUAGGAAACUGCAAUAAUUCGUUCACUCAAAAGCAAGGAGUACAAUACGAUUUGGAUGCUACACAAGCUAAAAUAGCCUUCAAUCAAAUUUCAUUUACCUACCCAAAUAGACCGAAAAAUCUUGUUUUAAAUAACCUAUCGCUUGUAUUCACUGGAGGGAAUACUACUUUCAUCGUUGGAAAAUCCGGUUCAGGAAAAUCGACUCUAUCAAAUUUAUUGUUGGGGUUUUACGAGAACUAUGAGGGUGACAUUAGUAUUAACGGAUGUGAUACUAAGAGCUUAAAUCCCAAUUGGCUAGUCGACAAUAUUCUAUUGGUAGAGCAGAAGUGCAACAUUUUCAAUGACACGAUAAGAAACAAUAUAUUACUUGGGUCAAGAAACAACAAUGAGAAUGAAAAGAAUGAACAAUUGAAAGCUGCUUGCAGAAUUUCCCUACUCGAAAAAUUUAUUUUAGACAUACCCAAUGGCUUGGAGACUUUAAUUGGAAAUGGAGGGGUAAAUCUCAGUGGUGGUCAACAGCAGAAGCUUGCGAUUGCUCGAGCCUUCAUGCGAGAUCCACCUAUUCUGAUUCUGGAUGAAGCUCUAUCAGCAUUAGAUGGCAUGCAUCGCAUUUUGAUCAUGAAAGCUAUACGCAGAUGGAGAAAAGGGAAAACAACUAUAGUCUUGACGCACGAUUUGAAUCAAAUAGAAGCAGAGGACUAUGUAUACCUUUUCGAGAGCGGUGAAUGUAUUGAAAAGGGUUAUCAAAACUCUUUAACAAAUGACAUAAAAAGUAAUUUUUAUCAUUGGAAGCAUUUUAGUCCCCUCACGGACGAAUUAGAUAAUAUUUCACAAUUGACAACUGUAGAUGAAGAACAUAUCAAAGACAUAGCAUUGGAAAGCUAUGUUGAUAUGGAUGUAGAGACACCUAAAUUGGAGCAUGAUAGAGAAUUUUUCCCGAAAUUCGAGGACCUUCCUUACAGCAAACCUAGAAUGAAUGGGACCGUGAGAGUUAAAGUCCAGAGAAUAAAAAGCAACGAAAUCAUGGAGACAAACUCACACAAAAGUAAGCAGCAAAUUGAAUCAAAAAAAAAACUGAUGUCGAUUCGUCUCAUAAUCAAAAGAAUGUGGAGCAGUAGUCACACCAAGCCACUUCUAGUAUUAGGUGUUGUGUUUUCAUUGUUAGCAGGCGCUGCAAACCCAUUUUUCUCAUACACUUUUAGCUUUCUAUUGAAUGGAAUCGUGCCACAUGGAAAUGAUGUAGGAUCCGAAGGUUACCUUCUCAAAUGGUCAUUUAUAGUAAUAGGAGUCGCGGCAGCUGAUGCUUCUUUUGGGUUUUUCAAAGAUUGCUUAUUGGGGUAUUGCAGUGAAAAUUGGAUCACGAACCUACGAUCUGAGGCUAUGACAGCAAUCACCUUUAAGAAGUUGGAUUGGUUUCUGCAGUCCACAAAUAAGGAAUCUGAAAUAUCUGCUCUGGUAUUGAAUGAUUUGCGGGAUUUGAGAACAUUAGUUACUGAUUACCUGGGCGCUGUCACAAGCUUUCUGAUGAUUUCAACUUUGGGGUUAGUACGGGCACUAGUCAGUGGCUGGAAAUUGAGUUUAGUGUGCAUUUCAAUGUUUCCAUUGAUAAUAGUAUUCUCAGCAAUUUAUGGAAUUUCACUGCAAAAAUGCGAGACCCAGUACAAAUCAGCCGUAGCUGAUCUAGAGAAUUUAUUGUAUGAGAUUUCAACGGGGGUUAAAACUAUUAGGUGCUUACAGGUUGAGGGGCAUUUCUUAGCAAAGUAUAAAACGCUUGAAAAUCGUAUGAGAAGAAUUGCUGGACGGCGACUUAUGGCUACAGGGUUGGGGGUCGCGAUUAUUGAAGCAAUGACAACAUGCAUUCAGUCUAUACUUUUUUAUUUUGCACUGAAGCUUGUUAUAGAUGGAGAAUACACAAGUCAGCAUAUGUUCGAGACUUUCACACUGUUGCUUUUUACGAUUAUGAGUUGCAGCGCCUUAAUUAACCAAAUUCCCGACAUUACCAGAGGGCAAAGAGCUGCUACAUGGCUAUAUAGAAUACUGGAUGAGAAUUUUAACGAUGAGAAAUUUGAUAAAAUGAGCUCUAGACAUGCCCCAAUAAAUAACGAAGGCACUGGUUCCUCUACACUUAUAAGCAUUAGGGACCUGACCUUUUCAUAUCCUGCCGCCAAAAGUGUUGAUGUAUUUAGGUGCCUAAAUCUGGAGUUAUUCCGCGGCAGUACUGUUGCAAUAGUUGGUGAGUCUGGUUCGGGUAAGUCAACCUUGAUGUAUCUUUUAACACAACUUUAUGAGCCAGCACCUCACUCAAUUUUUAUUGAUGGUACUGACAUUAACGAUUGGGGGUUACAUGAUUUGAGAAACCAAAUUGCUGUUGUAGAACAGAGGGCGGUUCUUUUUCCUGGAACAGUGAGGGAAAAUUUAACAUAUGGUAUAGUUCGCGAUGUUCUAGAGAUUGAAAUUUACGAUGUAUUGAAAUAUGCUGGAAUAUCUGACUUUGUAAUUUCCCUCCCCAAUGAACUCGAGACAGAAAUCAACUCCGAAUUGCUAUCCGGCGGACAGGCUCAGAGGCUGUGCAUUGCCAGAGCUCUUUUGAGAAAGCCAAGAAUUUUAAUACUUGAUGAGUGUACAUCAGCUCUGGACCCUGUUAGCGCUCAUAUAAUUAAUGAACUUGUAAGAACCGGUCCACCUACAAUGCUGACAAUAUCUAUCACACAUUGUGAAGAGAUGAUGAGGGCUUGUAAUGAAAUCGUGAUUCUUAAGAAUGGUCGAGUGACUGAACAUGGCUUCUUUGAUGAGCUUUUAACGAAACGAGGAGAUUUUUACAACUUGAUUUCGACGUUCAAUGAGGAACUCAAUUAA